UUGUUUGGCUACAAGUUUUAUGCUAACCUUCCCCCACCCGCACAAAUUUUCCCGCGUUUUCCAGAACUUGAAAAAGCAAUUCCUCACUCUCCCAGUGAGAAGGAAUAUGGAGUCAUGGCUCCCGCUCAUGGACAUUUUUCUCAACAACCCAACACCAGAAGUGGAAGCAUCUCUAUGGCUACAACAAUCUUUCAGUGCCACGUCGUCGUCGUCAACCUCAACCCCAAUCACUACUAGCUCUUUUAUUUCUUUGCUCACAAAACCCUGCAAUGUCACUAUCAACGAUUCAUCCUCUUCUCCCACCACGAAAACGGUUAUGUUUAUAGAGACUUUACCGGGUUUCGUACAGUCCAGGAUUUUAUCGUUUCUUGCUUUUGAGAAUAAGAGAUUUAAUGCACGUGAGUUGUGUGGGUUGGCCAGGGAUGUAAUGAGUGGAGGUGGGGGGAGUGAUUUUUGGGUUAAGAGAACUGCACGCCAUCUGUUUGACGCGGUGUCUGACUCGAACUAUGAGUGGAUUUCUGGCUUGAGUUUGGAUUCUGAGGAUCAAAAAUUUGAUGAAGAGUUUGAGUCUGUUCCGUCUUGGCUUAAGGGCUCUUUGAGUAGUAACGAUGAUUUGCUUUUCCCUUGGCUUCCUAUAUCGCUUAAUGAAUUGAAUUCAAGAACCUUUUUCACUGCUUGUGAAGAUGAGAAUGAUGAGGAUUCAGUGAGUGAAGUGAGAGAGAGUUUAGAGAAUGAAUUGAAUGAAGUUGUGGAGGAAAUCCAGGAUGAUUGUCCUACACAUGUUUGUACAGAAGGUGAGAUCGGAAAAGUGGCAACAGAUUUAAGCGAGCGGCUUAGGAAUUUCGAAUCUAGUUAUAAAACUGUAGCUUUAGCCAAUGAAAUACAACAACUUUGUUUGGAAAAAGGAGGAGACUCUUUUAAGGUUUUGGGUUUGAUUAAACCUUGGAAAGCAGAUGAUGAGACUGCUUCGGUUCUGAUUUCUCAUUUUUCAAGUGGAAGUGAAGACGAACUUGCUUGGCCAAGCCAGGUUCUUUGCUCAGUUGUCCUUCCUAAGUUAUUGGUUCUUGAGGAGCCCGCUUCUCGUGUGCUUGUGAGUGCAUUGAUAGAGUACUGCAAGAUCCAUCAGAGAGCUGCUGAGUAUGCAUUAGUUUUUCCUCUAAUAUUGCGAAGAGAAGGUAUCAACAACCCUAUUUGCGAUGUAAUAACAAGAAUUUUAAGGGAAUGCCUGCACCCAGCUCAUGUUUCAGCCUUCUGCCAGAAACUGCUUUAUGGAGGAGAAGAUGAGAACAGAUUCAUCUGUCUUCCAUCCCACCAAUGUCUUAUCUCUGAUGAACUGGUAUGGACAGAAUCCUUGUUUACUCUUUUCCAAAAUAUCUUGAAUCAUAAUGUUCAUUUUACUCAGGAUUCGAUUGAUCAUAUUGUUUUCCGGGUUGUGGAAUUGACUGAAAGGUUUUUCAAAUCUCUUAAGUUUGGAAACUUUUUGUUAUGUUUGGUCACCAAAUGUGCCCCACUGUUGAAGUCUCAUAAGCUUUUAUUGAUCGAAGUCGUUGAGCACACAAAUACGAUUGUUACCAAAUCUAUAUUAUCAAAAUUGGCUAGCUUUUAGCAGUUGUACUUUUCAGAUCAUUCUUGUUGAUGUGAGUUUGAAUCAGUCUUUGGGAACAUACAGUUUGCACAAUCUGCAAGCUCUCAUUAGAAAAGUUAACAUUGAUAUAAUUGUUUGGAUCAUUU